AUGUCUGGGGAAGAGUUGUGGUCAUGUGUUAAAGACUUGCCAAAGGCUACAGAUGGGCUCGAAGCACUUAAUACUUUGAAAAAGUUGAAAAAAGGGUGGUUCAAACAAAGCUGUCUUUGGGAGCUCCCAUACUGGAAAUCUCUCCAUCUUCGUAACAACCUUGACGUCAUGCACAUUGAGAAAAACUUUUUCGACCAACUAAUUCACACAAUUAUGGAUGUGAAAAAACAGACAUCAGACACUGUUGCAUCCAGAAAAGACAUUGCUAAAUUGUGUAAAAGGCCUCAACUUCAUGUUACCAAGGAUGCGAACGGAAAAGAAACUCCACCAAAAGCGCCUUUCGCACUGGACAUAGCCCAAAGGAAAGUAUUAUGCAACUGGGUGAGAGAUUUAAAAUUUCCAGAUGGUUAUGCGUCCGACUUAACAAGAUGUGUGGACAUGCAGUCCGGUAAGCUGCACAGUAUGAAAAGUCAUGACUGUCAUGUCUUCAUGGAAAGAUUGUUACCGAUAGCAUUAAAGGAGUUGCUCCCGGUUCAUGUGUGGAAAGCUGUUACUGAGAUCAGCCUCUUUUUUCGUGAUUUGUGUUGCUCCACCAUCACAGUAAGAGACAUGGAAAGAUUGGAAAAGAACAUAGCCGAGAUCAUUUGUAAACUUGAAAAGAUUUUCCCACCAUCAUUCUUCAAUUCCAUGGAACACUUACCGGUUCACCUUCCACGCGAAGCUAGGCUAUGUGGUCCCGUACAAUACCGUUGGAUGUAUCCCUUUGAAAGGUUCCUUAAUCAUUUAAAACGCAAAAUUGGUAACAAGGCUCGUGUGGAGACGUACAACAAGAAGUUGGAUGAUUGUAGCACUCAAGGGUCACAGCCAAACCCUGAUUUGUUGUAUUGGGAGACAGUUGGUGGGAGGAACAGAGGAAAAGUGCAGGGGUUAGGUCAGGGAGAUUAUUUGUACUACAACUCUUCAUCUGGGCGAGGAGAAGAUGGCUCUUCACAACCAUAUGAGCCAUCGAUUUUUUCUCAGCUAGAGGCGCAGGUGGAGGCCAAGGUCGCUGCACGGAUGGUAGAAGUGGAGGCAAAGGUUGCAGCACGUCUGGAAGAGUCAAACCGGGCCCUCGUGCAGGAAAUGAUGCGGAACAUGACUAAUUUUGGUCACUUGUUCUCAGGUUGCAACACAGGACCCUCUCCACAACGCAGACCAGAGGAUGACCCGGGGUUUGGUGGUGGCGGCACUACACAGACACCAACCACAGUGUAG